AUGAUUGCGCCAUCAGCCCUGUCGCUGGCCAACCGGCGAUUGACCACGUUCCCCGGGGCCAUUGCUGCUGCUGCCGUCACCGCCGCCAGGAACAACAUACGCGUCGCCCUCCCGUGCAUGCGACCGCUGGCGCAUCAUCGCUUAAGGAUGCUCUCCACCACCACCACCACCGCAUCCACGCUCCCGCGCCUCCCCAUCUUCGAGGCUGUCGCCGCACACGACCCCACGUCCACCGCCGUCGUCCACGCCCUGUCCGGCCGCCGCUUCACCUACGGUGAACUCCUCGGAGAUGUCGCCCGCGCACGGGAACGCCUGCGCGAGGCGGUCGACGGCAAGCCGCUGACUGGCGAGCGCGUGGCUUUUUUGAUCGAGAACAGCUACGACUAUGUCGUACCGGAAGCUCACUCCCGCGAUGUAGUCAUGUUCCUGGCCGUCAUGGCCGCCCGCGCCAUUGCCGUGCCCCUCUCCCCGCCGUUUCCGGCCCCGGAGCUGCAGUACAUUCUCGACCAGAGCGCCGCCUCUGUCCUCGUCGCCUCGCCCAAGUUUGCAGCCAAGGCCAGGGAGGUGCUUGCGACCGACCUGCAGCAGAAGCCCGUCUACUUCGAGCUUCCCAAGCACACGGGCAGCAGCCACGGCGCAAAGGAAGCCGUGUCUUUGGCCGACGAGGACUUUUCCGGUGCCGGCCUGAUGUUGUAUACCUCGGGCACAACGAACCGACCCAAAGGAGUGUUGCUACCCGAGCCAGUCAUCACGGCGCAAUGCCGCUCGCUUCUCCAGGCAUGGGAGUACUCACCCGCCGACCGCCUCCUCCACGUCCUGCCUCUCCAUCACAUCCACGGCACCAUCAAUGCCGUGCUCACGCCUCUCUUUGCCGGCUCCUCCGUUGAGUUCAUGUUUCCCUUCAACGCCGACGCCGUCUGGAAGCGGUUCGCCGCGCCCUUUCUCCCCACCAACGGCACCGCUACCACCGCGCCGCCCAUCAGCUUCUUCACCGUCGUGCCUACCGUAUACAGCCGCCUUCUUGCCAGCCACAAGACGCUAUCCCCCCAAAUGCAAGCUGCCACGAGCGAGGCCACGUCCCCCGCCAACCUGCGCGUCAACAUCUCCGGAUCGGCCGCCCUGCCGACGCCCGUCAAGGCCGCCUGGGCCGCCCUCAGCGGCGGCAACGUGCUCCUCGAGCGCUACGGCAUGACCGAGGUCGGCAUGGCCCUCAGCUGCGGCCUCGCCUUCGCCGACCGCGUCGACGCCAGCGUCGGCUGGCCCCUACCGUCCGUCGAGGCCCGCCUCGUCGACAUGGACACGGGCGACGUCAUCGAGCCCGGCCACGAGCUCGACGACCACGGUCGUGAGCGCGUCGGCGAGAUACAGCUCCGCGGGCCCACCGUCUUCCGUGAGUACUGGCGCAACCCCGACGCCACGGCCAAGGAGUUUGUCGAUGACGGCGGCGACGGCCGCGGCCGCUGGUUCAAGACGGGCGACGUGGCCAUCCGCCGCGAACCCGUCGGCGCCGCCGGCCGCAACAGCCACCGGCAGCCCUGGGCCCAAGGCCCCAUGUACUUUAUCCAGGGCCGCAAGACGGCCGACAUCAUCAAGACCGGCGGCGAAAAGGUCUCAGCGCUCGAGGUCGAGCGCGAGCUGCUCUCGCUGCCCCAGGUCGCCGAGGCCGCCGUCGUCGCCGUGCCCAGCGGCAACUGGGGCCAAAAGGUCGGCGCCGUCAUCAUCCUCGACCCGGACCACGCCGUCAAGUGGACUCCACUCGAGAUGCGCCGCGCCCUCAAGAGCAGGCUCGCGGGCUACAAGAUUCCUCAGGUCAUGAAGAUUGUCAACCACAUUCCUCGCAACGCCAUGGGCAAAAUAAACAAGAAGCAGCUUGUCAAAGCCAUAUUUGUAGAGGAGACGAGCGGCGACGAAUUGUAA